AUGUACAUUCGUUCUCGCGAUAACGUUUUAGCUGACGACGCAGCAUUCUUCUCAGACGUUUGUCCGGUUCAGAUCGGCGAUGGUGCUUACGACACGACAUUUCCAUGUUUGCUUAGCAGAAUAAUACCAUUUUCCAAGCAUAUCGAACUGUUGUUAAAAGCCCAUCUUUGCGUUCCCAUCAAUUCCAACGAUAGCCGCCUGCUGGAUGAGUAUAUUGAAUAUCAGUGUGUUGAGUUCAUCAUCAAAAGCGUCUUUAUAAUUGUCUUCAGCGGUCUUCGUAGGCACGUGAACACUUAUGAUUCAGAGGUUGUGCUCUCUGCGAUUCCGCAGUCAUACAAAGCCGCUUCUUCACGAUGUUGA